AUGGGAGUUUGGAGGACUCACGUUGCGUCCAGAACGUGGGGCAAAGCUUUGUUGUUGGGUAGUCCUCGAGUGGAAAAUAGUUGGCUGUUUUCUUCAUUCGUCUCAACCGGCGGUCUUCCGAAAACACUCGCCACUUGCCUGAGCUUAGAAACAAGCCCCACAAACACCAUGAUGCCUCAUUGGCGGCGAAAUAUUUCUCAACUUAGUCAUUAUCCAAGGCGCCGAUACUAUCUUGCCUGUACCUCUCUAUAUAUCAUGGCUGCCCCUAGAGGCUCCGCAUCAAGACAUCACUCUUCCGCUGCACCACCACCCAGGCUUAUGCUAUCAAAUGCAAUAAUACGCGUAAAGAUGCUAAUUCGAGCGAGUAGUUUCGCUGUGGAAAUAGGUGGAAGGGGGGAGUUGGCUGCUCGAGUACAAGCACAGCGUUUGUGUCCCGUUGAGGUUGAAUUCGAUUUUUUGGGUGAGGAGACUGGUGAUGAGCAAAGGUUGGAAGGAGACAAUGGGGAGCUGUGGGUUAGGUGCUCUUUUGAAGCCCUUCUGGGAGACGGGCUAGGAUUUAUUGUAGACGUUGUGAAUGAGCAGUGUGUUGUGCAAUGGGUGAUAUGGGUAACGACCAAUAGAUUGUAUAUAUCUUUUUGGUCCAUGUUGUGGUCUCGGCAAAAGCAUUGUGAUAAUAUGAGGAGACCUGCAUUUUGUUUGCGAGAUUGA